CCUCGUGAAAUUACAGCUCACAGCAAGAACAAGGGACCCACGAGGCGAGGCGGACGCCGGCAGCAGGCGAGAUGUGGAAAGCGUCGGCAGGCCACACUGUGCCCCUUGCCCAGGAAGACUCGGGUGCUGAUGACUGGGAGACGGACCCCGACUUCGUGAAUGACGUGAGUGAAAAAGAGCAAAGAUGGGGCGCCAAGACCGUGCAGGGCUCCGGGCACCAGGAACACAUCGACAUCCACAAGCUGAGAGAGAACGUGUUCCAAGAGCACCAGACCCUCAAGGAGAAGGAACUGGAAACGGGGCCAAAGGCCUCCCACGGCUACGGAGGCAAGUUUGGCGUGGAACAAGAUCGGAUGGAUAAGUCCGCCGUCGGCCAUGAGUACCAGGCAAAGCUGUCAAAGCACUGCUCUCAAGUUGACUCGGCCCGGGGCUUCGGGGGCAAGUUUGGGGUGCAGACGGACCGAGUGGACCAGUCUGCUGUUGGCUUCGAGUACCAGGGGAAAACGGAGAAGCAUGCCUCCCAGAAAGACUACUCCAGUGGCUUCGGAGGCAAGUAUGGCGUGCAGGCUGACCGCGUGGACAAGAGUGCCGUGGGGUUUGACUACCAGGGCAAGACGGAGAAGCACGAGUCACAGAAAGAUUACUCCAAAGGUUUUGGUGGCAAAUACGGUAUUGACAAGGACAAGGUGGACAAGAGUGCUGUGGGCUUCGAGUACCAAGGCAAGACGGAGAAGCACGAGUCGCAGACAGACUACGUGAAAGGGUUCGGGGGAAAGUUCGGCGUGCAGACAGACAGACAGGACAAAUGUGCCCUGGGCUGGGAUCACCAGGAGAAGUUGCAGCUGCACGAAUCCCAGCGAGACUACUCCAAAGGAUUUGGGGGAAAAUACGGCGUGCAGAAGGAUCGGAUGGAUAAGAAUGCCUCGAGCUUUGAAGAUGUCACCAAGGUGUCCUCCGCCUACCAGAAGACUGUGCCUGUGGAACUUGUGAGCAGCAAGACAAGUAACAUCAGAGCUAACUUUGAGAACCUGGCGAAGGAGCAGGAGCAGGAGGACAGGCGGAAGGCAGAGGCAGAGCGAGCCCAGCGCCUGGCCAGGGAGCGGCAGGAGCAGGAGGACAGGCGGAAGGCAGAGGCAGAGCGAGCCCAGCGCCUGGCCAGGGAGCGGCAGGAGCAGGAGGAAGCCGCACAGAGGUCGGAGGAACAAACCCGAGCCCAGCAGAGUCCGCCAGCAUCUCCUAGUCCUCAGUUUAUGGAAGAGAGGCUGCCGUCCAGCCCCAUCUAUGAGGACGCUGCUUCACUGCGAGCAGAGCCGGGCUGUGACGACCUCGUGGGCCCGGACACAGUCGACGAGAGCUCGGAGGGCCACUACCAGUCAGAGGACAAUACCUAUGACGAGUACGAGGACACGCUCGGGACCACGGCCACGGCCCUCUACGACUACCAAGCCGCGGGCGAUGACGAAAUCUCGUUUGACCCUGAUGACAUCAUCACCAACAUCGAGAUGAUUGAUGACGGCUGGUGGCGCGGGGUGUGCAGGGGCAGGUACGGGCUCUUCCCCGCCAACUACGUGGAGCUGCGGCAGUAGCCC